AUGGACAAAGUGUUGCUCAAGUAUACUGAAUACAGUGAACCACAUGAAAGUCGCACUAAUUCCGAUAUUAUGGAGCCACCACAUCCAUUAGCUGCUUCUGAUGCCGAUUGUGAACUUGUCGCUCCACGCUCUACGGCGGAUCAAACACUAUGGGCGGCAGCGUUACAACAUAAACCACCGUCACAACAACAACAACAACAGCAGCAGCAACAACAACAACAACAACAGCAACAACAACAACAACAACCUUAUGUGAAGUUAGAGCCACAUAGUCCACCGGAAAAACGAGCACGUAUAGCGCCGACGGCAGAUUGGCGGCCUCAACAGCUCACCUAA